GCCUUGCGAUAGUCUAUCCAGGCCAUCGAUAAAUAUGUAUGUCUUCUUUUACAAUCUCUUAAAACUAACUUAUCAAUUAACAAUUGGUCUUUUGUUCCUCUAGUCUUUCUUCUACAUCCUUUUUGUUCAUUCGGUAGUACAUCAUUCAUCUCCACAAAAGUGUACAUACUUUCGGCAAUCACACCUGUCAUCAAUUUCCACAUCAAUAGUAAGCAAGAUAUGGGUCGAAAGUUAUCAACUGUAUUACCCCUUGAUGGGUCUUUUAAGCACAACACUGUCCUACCAUAUGUGAUCCAUUGAGGUAGUUCAGCCUUACCAUUUAAAAUCUCAUCUAACUGUUCCGCAAUCCUUUGAUGACAAGAAGUAAUUUUCUUUAUCCAAUAACCCUGUACUCCAUCUAGUCCUGGCGCUUUCCAAUUGGGGAUCUUCUUACACUGCUUUGUAAUAUCUUCCUUAUUUAUCUUCAAAUCGUUUUGGUUCAAAUAUUCGAUUCGCUGUUUCACUUCAUGUAGCCAUUCAGAAUCCUUAUUGUGUUCAAUUCCAUUGUCCCAUAUUUCGCUCCAGAACUUUAUACUUUCAUCCGCAUCUGGUAUCACUUUAUCAACUUUACUUUCCUGACCAUUGUUUAUUUCCACAUAAAACCUUUUUGGUCACUCUGAAACAUUCUAUUCUGUCUAUAUUGUUUCACCCUUUGUUCAUACCUCUUUACCUUGGCUAUUUUCGCUAGUACCCUCUGCUUAAGCUCCUCAGUCACUGUUGGUAACCCCUUUGUUCUUAUUUUAUAUUUUUCCUCGAGCCUUUUAUAUUUACCUUCCUUUCUGAUUUCUCCCCUUUUCUUCCUUUCUAGUAUGUUAAUAUCUUUUCUAAGCCGUUUAAUAUCCAUAUCUAGUCUUUUUUUCCACCAUGGCUCCUUUUGUUUAGUUUGUUCAAUCACUUCCUUCAGUCCAAUUUUCUCUGCCACUACAUUCCGUACUGCUUUCAAUAAUUUGUUUGCGUCAGUUAUAUAUCAGUUUGUAUUCGUGCUACUAGCUUAUUCACUUUUGCUGUAAUUUCAUUUAUUUUGCAUCUAUCCACCCUCGUAAAUGUGAAUACUUUAUAAUCUUCUUCACCUUUCAUGAUCUCGAUUAUCCUAUCAACAAUCUCUUUCUCGUCCUUAUUUAGCUCUCCAUAUCCUUCCACUCUAAUACAUUCUUCUGCUCUCUCCCCAGAUUGCUCUGUUGUCUGUGUAUCUUCCCGAUAUUGUUAUUAUUGAUUAUUAUCAUUAUUUGAUUAUUAUUAUUAUUAUUAUUAUUAUUAAUUGAUUAUUAUUAUUAUUAUUAUUAUUAGUAUUAUUAUUAGUAUUAUUAUUAUUAUUAUUAUUAUUAUUAUUAAUAUUAUUAUUAUAGGCAUUGAGCAGAGCAUUGACGUGCUCUGUACGUGUCUGCAGUUUUAUCAAAAUUUUAUUACUUGAAUCACAAAUUAUUUCACAAAUAACCAUCAGUAAAUAUUGUAAUCAUGAUUCGUUCAAGUUUUAUAUUAAUAUUGUUGACCUGCGUCGUUUGUUCGUUCUGUGAGAAAGAUUUCGUUACACUCGGUCGACAUUCAUGGCGCUGUAAACAGCGAGUUAAUUACGCAGAACAAGAUCACUCUGCCGAAAAUACGGCAAGGCAAACGCCCUUCAUGAAUUCUCCUAAUGUCGUCGUGUCAAGUCGAACCGUAAUCAAGUGUUGCUGUGGUAAAGUAUGUAAAGGAGCGCGAGGAUUAAAGAUGCAUCAACGCAGUUGUAGAGUUAUUCAAGGUCUAGACAGUGAAAUCCGUACAGACCUAGAGGAACAAAACAAUUCUGACACGGAAAAUAUUCCUGAAAUGGACCAAUCGACAAUCAACGAAACUCCUACGGUUGAAAAGGAAGAUAUUGCGAGUUUAAGAAAAGGUAUUAAACUCCCUAAAAGCAAUUCCGAAUGGUCAACGGCCAACGAACAUUUCAAAUUCGCUCUUCAGUCCAAUGAUCCAAUCACAUCACAAGAUUUAAAUUCCAACAUAAAACUAUUAAAUAACAUCAUAUACGAUUACGUCGCCCAAAACUUUGGUUAUAGCGAAUCAGUGCCUGUCAAUUCGCUUCUAAAUAAAUAUAAGGACUAUGAAAUCAAGGAUUUGAAAAAAGCUCUGAAAACCCUUAAAUCAACGAAUGGUGAACUAGACGAAAUUAAAUAUGUGUCGCAUAUAUUGCGUGAUAAGCUAUCUAUUAUAUGUUUUAAACGCUGGCCUUUCCUAAGAACAUAUUUAACUGACCUCAUUCGUGCUGUGUGGCUAUCCGGAACCAUCCCUUCAGAAUGGAAGAAAGCUUGCACAAUACUAAUCCAUAAAAAAGGCGAUACUAAUACCCCGUCCAAUUUCCGACCCAUCACAAUGGAGACCAUACCAUUAAAAGUAUUUACUUCCUGCCUACGUAACGCUAUGUAUUCAUUCUUAACCGUUAAUACCUUUAUAGAACCUAAUAUUCAAAAAGGAUUCACACCUAACAUGUCUGGCACCUUAGAACAUACUGCACAAAUGGCCAAUAUAAUCAAUAAAGCCCGAAUCAAACAACGCUCACUAGUCAUCAUCCUACUUGACCUCAAGAAUGCUUUUGGUGAAGUUCAUCAUAAUCUGAUCACAUCCGUACUUGAUUAUCACCAUAUCCCCCAACAUGUUAAAUUGAUAAUUAAAAGUCUAUAUACCGAUUUUCAAACUUCAAUAAUUACAUCUGAAUUCCGUACCCCCUUCAUACCAGUUCGUGGAGUAUUCCAAGGUGAUUGCCUGAGUCCUCUUCUCUUCAACAUGUGUUUCAACACCUUUAUACAACACAUAAAAACAGAUAAAUAUCGUCAAUUCGGCUUCUCCUUACAGUUUCUAAAUCCCAUCCACUGGUUUCAGUUUGCUAAUGAUGCCGCCGUCAUAAGUAGUCAAGAAUCCGAAAAUCAACAUCUUCUAAACCGGUUCUCCAUUUGGUGCCAAUGGUCCAACAUGAUUAUUCGGGUUGAUAAAUGUAGUACCUUUGGCAUCAAAAAAGCUCUAACAAAAUCAAUCUAA